AUGGAUUUGAACACUAGCCCAAAAUCUGAAGCAAGCCUAAAAAGGCCUAACUUGUUUUGUAUGGAAAGUGAUGCAUCAAGUUCAGAUGUGAAAAAACAACACAAGGUUGAUGGUGAUGAAAUUAACAUUCAGAUAUCAACAAGGCCACUUGUUGAUCAGUCCAGUAAUGUUGUCACGACCAACACUCACCCUAACCCAGCAACUACCAAACGCACCUCAAUGUUCCGAGGAGUCAGCAGACAUCGACAAACAGGACGAUAUGAGGCUCACUUGUGGGACAAAGAGGCAUCGAACGCAACAAAAAAGAAGGGAAAACAAGUUUAUAUCGGGACAUAUGAUGAAGAAGAAUCUGCCGCAAAAGCAUACGAUUUAGCAGCACUCAAGUUUUUCGGAACGUCUACGCAAACUAAUUUCCCGGUGACUGAGUAUGAGAAAGAUUUGGAAAUGAUGGAGAAGAAAACCAAGGAGGACUAUCUCGACAUUUUAAAAAGGAAAAGCGACCGUUUCUCAAGAGGCGCAUCGAAAUACAGAGGGGUUGCAAGGCAUCAUGGUAAUACAUGGGAAGCUAGGAUUGGAAACGUCGGUGGCAAAAAAUCUCUCUACAUUGGCACUUACAGUACUGAAGAGGAGGCUGCACAUGCUUAUGAUGUUGUAGCAAUAAAAAACAAAGGAACUAAUGCAGCAACAAAUUUUGACAAAAGCACAUAUACAAGAAGCAUAACACCUGGGUCCAAUUCUGCUUGCGACGUACCAUCUCAUGCUGAAGAUCAGCCGCUGCCACCCACCACCACCACCUCGCGCCAUCACAUCAAUUAA